AUGACGUCGCUUCGGUCAGAUUUGCCACCGAAAGUUGCUCGGCUGAUCGUUCUGCCUCUUGGCCACAACAGCCAUGGUCGCGCAGAAAGCCGCCCUUUCUUCCUCAGCGUCAAUUUUCCAAUGGCGAUUACACGGUUCUCCAUCGUCACUCUCAUAUUUUUCGUGCUCUCUAUCACGUUCGUCAUAUACCCCGUCAAAAUCCGCAUAGGCAGACGGCGCAUUCCCAUUAAUCUGACGACCGCGCCCAUACUUGCAAUAGCAAUUCUAUGGGCUGCACAAUGCCUUGGGGCCACACAGAUCCGUGACGGGAUUGUGGGCACGGAAGGCGUCAAGCCAUACAACAUCCUGAUACUGUUCUUCUCUCUCGCGUACAUGGCCAUCACGCUCGACAUUAGCGGGGUUCUUCAAGCAGCUGCAUUUUGGGUCUCCAAUAAAGGCGGUACCAACGGACGACGCUUAUACUUCUACUUUUACGUGAUGCUCACUCUGCUGAGUGUUUGUCUGGGGAACGACCCCGUCAUCCUCUCCGGAACCGUCUUUCUCAUUUACUACACACGCGGGGUCGAUCUCGAGCCACUCCCCUGGUUGAUGGCCGAGUUCGCGUCUGCCAACACUGCUAGCAUGGUCUUGGUAGUGGGAAACCCCACGAACGUGGUCGUUUGCGAAGGGUUUGGCAUCAACUUUGCCGCAUUCACACUCUACACAAUCUUGGUCUUUCUUGCCUGCAAUGUGGUCUGCUAUUUCGCCUUGGCAUUCCAGUUCCGAGAUAUCAGUCAUAUCCCGCGCCACAUGAAGCCCAUAGAGAAAUUUGACGUGCGGUCGGCGAUUAGAGACCCGUUGGCUGCAGUUGUUGGGGCGUCGCUGUUGUUUGUGUGCAUUGUGGUGGUGCUCGUAACCAGCUUUUUCAAAGUCGAUGUCUGGAAAAUCACUCUACCUUUCGCAGUCGCCAAAUUCCUUUUCGAUAUGAUUUGGGAUCACUGGAAGUAUACGCAUCCAAGAUCAAACGCCAUCGACGAAACCGAGAAGCCACCGGAAAGUGCAGACUCGUCAAAGGACGAUGUUUUCGACAUGCAGCGUGCCAUGACGCUCCAAAGCACCAUAGGUAGACAACAGACCCUGGCAACAGACCCCGAAUCAGCGACACCUUCAUCUCCAGAAAACCAAACUCUCCCACAGCGACUGGGACCGCGCUUCAAUGCCAAAUACGAUAGCUUAUCCCUGCGCUUCCCAACUUUUUUCACUGCUCUGCCUCGACUGCCCUUUGCAUUAGUUCCGUUCGCAUUCUCUCAAUUCAUCCUGAUCGAGGCGCUUGCUCAUCAAGGCUGGAUACAAGUCUUUGGUCGUUGGUUCGCGAUUGCUUCCAAGGGUGACAUUCAUCCCAGUGUCUGGCUUACGGGCGUGCUUGGUGUUGUCCUCUGCAACCUGGCUGGUACUAACAUUGGUGCAACAAUCCUUCUCACCAAGAUUGUCCGUGCUGCCGACCUCCCUCACAACACAACACGCGCGGCAGGUGUUUCCCUCGCUUUGGCGAGCAACAUCGGCGCCGUUAGUGCGACUUUUUCGGCCAGUCUCGCGGGACUGCUAUGGAAGACGAUUCUGAAGCAAAAGCAAGACGAAAUCGCUGCGGACGAGGUCUUGAAAAUCAAACACGUAAGGGAGAGGGGACAAGAGGUACCGCCCGGAGCGUACGAGUUUGCGAAAAGGCUAGAGAUCACGCAAGGGGUGUUUGCACGGUGGAAUGUGUUCCCGUUGCUCGUGAUGACGGUCGUUGGACUGGGGGUGGUGUCUGCGGAAAUGGCCGUCCUGUAUUAA